AUGGCAUCAGAUGAAGGCAAGCUUUUCGUCGGAGGGCUGAGUUUUGACACCAACGAGCAGUCACUGGAGCAGGUCUUCUCAAAAUAUGGACAGAUCUCAGAAGUGGUGGUCGUGAAGGACAGGGAGACCCAGCGAUCGAGGGGCUUUGGGUUUGUCACCUUCGAGAACAUCGACGAUGCCAAGGACGCCAUGAUGGCCAUGAACGGGAAGUCUGUGGAUGGGCGGCAGAUCCGGGUCGACCAGGCUGGCAAAUCGUCUGAUAACCGAUCCCGCGGGUACCGAGGUGGCUCUGUCGGGGGCCGCGGCUUCUUCCGCGGGGGCCGAGGUCGGGGCCGUGGGUUCUCCAGAGGAGGAGGGGACCGCGGCUACGGGGGGAGCCGGUUCGAGUCCAGGAGUGGGGGCUAUGGAGGCUCCAGAGACUACUACAGCAGCCGGAGUCAGAGUGGCAGCUGCGGUGACCGGAGCUCGGGCGGGUCCUACAGAGACAGCUACGACAGUUACGCUACACACAACGAGUAA